AUGCAGCAUGGCUCUUCCUUCGUCCCUUCUCUUCGUACCUCCAGCGAGUCAGUGAGGCCUCGAGUCGUAGAUCCAGAACGGGCCGCAACUCCCGACCAUUGGCGUCGAGCCUUUAUUACCGACAAACUCACUUCCGCCACUCCAAGUAUGGCCACUACUUCCACUAGCAAGGUUCAUACUUCUCCUUCCAAGGCAUCAUAUGGCCGGACAUACGACUCAAAACUUGUGUCAAGAGAGAUGCAUCGACUUGCAGGCUUAGCGCCAAAUUUGUCCCAAGCCCCUUCAGUCUCUUCUCUGAAUCUCCCUGCCCCGGGAACGAUGGGUCAAGUCAGUCUCGCAUCGACUUCCAAUGACCCAUGGAUUUCUGUCAACAUCCAUGUUCUCCCGUUGUUCAACGGCGAGCAUCUGAAAGUGCCAAUAGAAGAAUUGAAUACCUUGGUUAAGCGACACAUAUCAUCUGUGGUGUCUUCUUCGCCCUCCAAAGCUAUCGCCACACUGGAACACGACGCGGCAGAACUUAUAGCAUCGGGAAUGGUGAACCUAAGCUCCAAACUCGACACGGACGAUGAAUCCUUGAUCGCGCAUAUUGUGGAAAUUUGGGAGUUCUUUCUUCAAGUGCUGACCUACGUCGAGGGGGUUCUCCUCCCAUUGCGAACUGAUCCCCUUCUUUCGACACUACAUCGUAGUAAGCCUCACCGUCCGUCUUCGCCACGGCAAACCAGCAAAGGCAAUCUGUCCUCUAUUCUCAACGGCGUGCAACCAUCUUCCAUCGACGUCCGUACGAUUGCUUUGCGGUCUUUCCGGGACAAAGUCAUCAUUCCUUACACUCCUCAACUCCGGGCUUCCAUCUUGAAUCGACAAGAGAAAGAGACAGCCCCCAUAUCUGUCUUGCAACCGGGACUCCAACAAUUACUUCUCAUACUCUCCUCCCAAUGCCGAAGACCACCACCGGUUUCACUCACAUCGGCACCGCCACAGCCUACCUCUGUCGAAGCUGCAAUUACUGAUUUGCUCCGGUUGGUGCGAUCCCCCCGACCACAAUUCGACGCCAAAGCCACUUCAACUCCCAUCAGUCCCUCACGCGCCCCAAGCUUCCUUUCUGGAGGAUUACCACGUGAUCGGCGAGGACGAGUAGCCAAGAAACAGCUUAGUGGACUCAAAAUUCCUGAGGAUGGAGAAGAUGACGUGUUUGGGGAUGAAACUCCGAGAGUUGGGCAAGGCCUUGCAGACAGAGAGCGAGAGAGGGUAUUUUUGGAGGCUCUCAAAAGUCCCGAUUUAGAACCCAACACAGCUGCUGGCGGCUGGGGUCUAGGGAAUGCGGAUUCUGCCAAAAUCGAGGAAGAGGAGCCACCUUUAGAUUGGGACGAGGCGCAAGCCGUCGUAGAACGGAUGGUUGGCAUCCAGCCUGAAAUGCGGAGAAGAUAG